AUGUCACGGCCACCACCUCCAGCACCAGCUGCAGCUGCAGCUGCUCCAGUGCCGGUCGGUAAUGGAAAUGGAAAUGGUAAUGGUAAUGGAAAUACGACUCCUCGUCCACCUCCUACUACUGGUCAACAACAAUCUCAAAUGACAAUCAACACUAUCAUGGCCAAUCUACCUAAUCUGUUUGGGAUGCAUGCUAGAGGUCAAUUAAGUGAAGCUCAAAUCAAUCAACUACGACAACUCAUGCACACACAUUUCAGACAAGUUAUAUUAUCUUCAAUGGCCGGGAAUCGACCCAAUCCAUUGCUUAAUUUACCUCCCGCUAUAGAUCCUACAAUGCCUUAUGGCGGUAGACCACCUUUGAUUAGUAAAGAAGCUUUUUCAGCUUUGAUAUCAACCACGACUCAACAUUUGAGAGAAUCAGUAGCUCAAAGAGCUGCAGAAGUUCAAGCUCAAGCUUCUCAAAAUCAAAAUCAAAAUCAAAAUCAAAAUAUCAAUAUAAAUCCAAAUCAACCUGCUCAACAACAAAACAAUAUCGUUACUACGGCAAAUAUAAGACCACCUAUCAUAAGACAACAAUCCCAAUCAUCCAUAUCUACACCUGUAAGACCAAUAAAUGCAAUACCUCAUGGUGCACUCACUUCUUCUGGAAUGGCAAAUACCACUAAUACCAACAUCAACAAUAACAUAACAUCGAUCAAUCCCGCCAACCUUACUGCAGCAAAUAUACAGAGUCAGAAUCAAGCUCAAGACCAGGCGCAAGCUCAAGCGCAGACGAAGCAACCACCUAAUAUGUUCACGUUUAAUCAAAUGAGAGAAUUAUUGAAACUCACUACAGAACAAAGAGCCGAGUGGUUCAAACAAGAUUCAACGAGAGCAUUAACUUUCAAUAUAUCUGUCAAAUAUUGGACUGAACGGAAUAAAUUAAGCGCAAAUAACCCUAUUGCCGGUUCAACAAUAUCCACUCCACCUUCUCAACCUCAACCUCAACCUCAAUUUCAAUCUCAAACUCGACCUCAACUGCAAGCGCUAAACCUAAAUCCGAAUCAAAAUCAAAACCAACUUCCGACUACUAUCGCACCCAACGCCCUCAUCACUCCACCAAAACCACCUGCCUCUCAACCAAAUACAAUAGCGCCGAUGACUAUACAGCCUAGUAAUCCUACCCUCACUACUUCGGAAUCUACCGUGCCGCCACUGGCAGCGGGUCCGUCUCAGCAAACACAAAGUACCACUACAUCAGCACCUGCACCCGAUCUCAACGCCAUCUCCGACUCUGGCCCAACUCCCCCAGCUCAAUCUACUACCACCACGCAGCUCGACCCUCAAUCCUCAACAGACAUGACAUCUGCACCUACUACUGGUCUUCAAGCAGACGGUCAAUCGAUUGCCGAGUCACAAGAGCAAGGUAAAGAGAAAGGGCAAGGGCAAGACAAAGAGCAAAUUCAAGUUUCAGUCGCUCCUCCCGCAACAGCGAAUCUGGAAUCGACACCUGCAUUUGCAUUAUCACUCCCUGAUGCCAAAACAUUCGCAUUGAAACCUCCACCACCCCCACCAGAACCUGAAAGCGUUAGAAGGAAAAGGAAGUGUAAGGAGUUUUUAGGUGAAUUACAUCCUGGUAUGGAGAUGGAAUAUGGUGUUGACGAGGUCAUUGGGGAUUUAUUAGAUGGACUCUUAGAUGAAGGUAUCAAAGGUGCAGCUAGAUUGGCCAAACACAGGGGAUCAGAUAAAGUGGAAUUGAAGGAUAUGGCAUUCUUCGUCGAUCAAUGUUGGGGUACGGAGAAUCCAGGCUUUGAUGCGAUCGGACAUACUCAUCGUAAAGUUCAUAUACCUCCUGAAAGGGAGAGAAGGAAAGGCAGGGCAGUAGCUCCGAGAGCUGCUAGGGUGGGUCGAGCGAGAGAUGAAGAGUAA